AUGAAACUACUUCUCUUCUCCUUAUUACUAUGUUUAUCUUUUGCUCAUCACAAUCAUCAUAAUCAUCAUCAUAAUCAUCACCAUGAACAUUAUCAUGUUGAAGAAAAUUAUCCCAAUGAAAUGAUAAAAGAUAAAAGUCAUGAAUAUGAUUUUGGUCUUUAUAUUAAUUGUACUGAAAUGACUAGUUGUAUUGGUUGUGGACUUGCUUUAAAUCAAUGUUAUUGGAAUAUUAAAACACAUCAAUGUAUUAAUCUUCCAGAAAAUACUUAUCCACAAGAUAUUUAUUCUGUUUGUCCUGCUGAGGAAAUUGCUCUCUUUGAACAACAAUUGAUUAUUACUAUUUUUAUUAUUUCUAUAAUAUUCUUAUUAUGUUGUGUUUGUUGUGUUAAAUGUUGUUGUCCAUCUACUAGAAAUAAUAGAAAAAUAAGAAGAGUUCAAAGACAUACUAUUCCUUAUCAAACAGUAGUCCAACAACCUGUUCAAAUUCCAAUGACAAAUUAUUAUAUUCCACCAACAUCAGGAACAUAUGUUCAACCUGUUUAUGGACUUGGUCAGUCAUUUUAA